CCUGCGAGCCGGGAACCCAAGAAUUGACGUCACCGAGGGGAAUGGUGGCUUACCCUCGACACAACAUAAAGGACGGGACCUGGCGCUCGGAGGGUCACGCCCACUACGGCCCCGACAGCUGCGAGUGGGUGAUCAGCGCCCCCGAGGGAUAUGGGGUCAACGUCACCAUUCUGCAGUUUGACACGAGGCCUGAGGAUAAGCUCGAGAUGCUGGAGGGAUCGACGAUCUCCUUCUCCCACGGCGGCGAAAUCCCCAGCAGGAGGAGUUUCAUUUCCCGGGGUUCGAACCUCACCCUCCGCUUCACUUCCUUCGAAGACACGGAUAAGUCGGGCUUUCUCCUGCAGUAUUCGUGGGUUCUGAGAGACUGCGAGACGGAGCUGAAGACCACGGGAGGCGAGCUGAGGUCUCCGUAUUACCCCGAUAUCUACGGCUCGAACGUCACCUGCCGCUGGAUUCUGACCCCCCCCGCCGGCCACCUCCUGCACGUCCUCGUCGCCAGGUUGAGACUCGACGCCGGGGAUACGCUGCAGGUAUCGGACGGGCAACAGGACCUGAAGGUGACAGGAAUCCCUCACAACGCGGGUCGUCUCCUGGAACUGCGCCCUUCCCCGUCGGCGACCCUCUUCUUCAGCAGCGACCAGCAGCACAACCGGGGAUAUUUUCUCCUGAAGUAUGCCGCCUAUGAGCAUCGUCUACGAGCGAGGUUACGGCCCCCACUACACCGUCGGGCUAACGGGAGUCCAGGUCACGGAAGGUCACUGCGAAGGAAAUCUCGAUUCCCUGACCUCCACGACCUGUUCCUUCACCAAGGAUUUGUGUGGGUGGAGGAACACGCACACGGACCAUCGCAACUGGCUGCUCAGUGACCACGGCGUGGUUGCCGAGGUACGCAGCGGAACCGUCAGCGCCAAGCCACCGCGCUUGAGCCACUCCGUCAGCGACCCCGUCAGCACCGUCCACGAACAGCAAUGGGCUGACCUCCUCUCCCCACCCGUCGUGACCCCGAAUGACCUCGCCGAGGGGGCGUGUCUGACCCUCCGUUACCGCAUCCUCUCCGAGAAUUCCGAACUUCGCGUCCUUCUCAAGCCGACGACGGCGAUGGGUGAAGGAGGCGCUGUAGGGGGAGGAGCCGGAGGGUUCAGGAGAGGAGAGCGAAGGGGCCACGGAGGAAGAGGAGGGGGAGGAGGGCACCAGGAGAAGGACCCCGAGGAGAUCCUGCUGUGGGCCCAAGGACGCGUCAGGAGUCCUAGUGUCAUGGAGGCUGUGAUUAAUCUCGACGGCCACGAGAUGCCGCGGCGAUACCAGCUGAUCCUCCGAGCCGUGGGCGUGGGCGGCGGAGGAGCGAGCGGGGGGGUGGAGGUCCGGAGCCUGACCCUCGACCCUGGCACUUGCAAAGUCGGCCCCUCUUGCAAGUUCGACUCCGGUUUCUGCUCGUGGAAGGUGUCAUAUACGGGUGGCACUGUGUGGUACAUCAGCCCGCAUCAAGGUAAGGGUUAGGGUGCCAUCACGUGGAAAGA